UACUUUAUUGUAGUGGAAUUGUGCAUGAAUCUAAACUAGCUUGUACAGAUACGGUAGCUGUCGUGUUCUUGAGAUAAUCGUCUCUCCCUCAAAUACCCCUUAUUGUCCUCUACUCUGUUUCUUUCUUUCUAUUUUAUUAUCGCUUUCAGUUCACGCUUACCAAAUUAAUUAUCAAUAUGUGCGUUUCCUAAAAUCUUGCUUAAUUUUUAUUGCGUGAAGGCCAUGUUUGGCUUCUGAGAGAAAAUUAGAAGCAACUUUCUUCUUGGGUUGAGCGUGAUCCUUAUGUAUAUCUCAGCUUUGAGUGAAAAUUCUUUGUCAAAAUUGAGGAAUUUAUGAUACUUUCGGUUUACUUCUUUGGGAAUGCUGAUGCGGAUGCUUUUACACUGAUAAAGUUGAAUAAAGCUGUUCUGAAUUUCGUGCAAGAUUGAAGGUAAAGAAAAGAGAAAAUUCUGAAUUUAAUAAGUUAUAAUCUUCAAGAAAAAGAACAGCGGACCAGAAGAAGAUCGAAUUGCCACAAAACAAAAGAAAUGGCAACUCAAGUGGAGCCUCCAAAUGGAAUUAGGCCUCGAGGGAAGCACUAUUACACAAUGUGGCAAACUGUAUUUGAAGUCGAUACGAAAUAUGUACCGAUCAAACCUAUUGGAAGAGGAGCUUAUGGUGUGGUUUGUUCCUCGGUGAAUAGGGAGACAAAUGAGAGAGUUGCAAUCAAGAAAAUCAAUAAUGUGUUUUCGAAUAGAAUUGAUGCGCUUAGAACUCUAAGAGAAUUGAAGCUUUUGCGGCAUAUAAGGCAUGAGAAUGUGAUUGCUUUGAAGGAUGUGAUGAUGCCUAUUCACAGAAGCAGUUUCAAGGAUAUCUAUUUGGUUUAUGAGUUGAUGGAUACGGAUCUUAAUCAUAUUAUUAAGUCGAAUCAGCCUUUGUCCAAUGACCAUUGCAAGUACUUUCUUUUUCAGCUACUCCGCGGCUUGAAAUAUCUCCAUUCAGCUAAUAUUCUCCAUCGGGACUUGAAACCUGGGAAUCUCCUUGUGAAUGCUAACUGUGAGUUAAAGAUUUGUGACUUUGGACUCGCUAGGACUAGCAGAGACAAUGGACAGUUUAUGACUGAAUAUGUUGUCACUCGUUGGUAUCGUGCACCAGAGCUACUUCUUUGUUGUGAUAAUUAUGGAACAUCCAUUGAUGUCUGGUCUGUUGGAUGCAUCUUCGCAGAAAUCCUUGGACGGAAGCCUCUUUUCCCCGGAACUGAAUGUCUCAAUCAGCUUAAACUUAUUCUCAAUAUCCUUGGUACCCAGCCUGAAGCCGAUCUUCAUUUCAUUGAUAACCCAAGGGCUAAAGGAUUCAUCAGAUCUCUUCCUUAUACUCGAGGCGCUCACUUUUCUUCUCUCUUCCCUCAGGCUGAUCCUUUAGCAAUAGACUUAUUGAAGCGAAUGCUCGUUUUUGAUCCCUCGAAGAGAAUCACAGUUACAGAAGCUCUCUAUCACCCUUACUUGUCAAGUCUUUAUGAUCCAACAUGCAAUCUUCCCGCUCAAUUUCCUCUUAAUCUGGAUAUCGAUGAGAAUAUGGCAGAACCAUUGAUUCGGGAGAUGAUGCUGAGAGAAAUCCUUCAUUACCAUCCUGAAGCAGCUUAUAUCAACACAUUUUACUAGUUUUUGUCUAUGUAGAUUGUAGACUAGCUUACAUCCGCUUGGGACACAAAGCAAGAGGACCUAAGCAAAGAAAGGUAAGUGAAACUUUUUUGCUUCUGUAUUAUGAGAAAAAAUACACAGUUAAGUCGUUGUGGUCAUUUGGAGACAUUUGGAGCCUAGAGCUGAUCAAUCUGAGGAUCACUUAAGGUUAUAAUUGGAGACUUCAUUUCAUCAUCUUUAUUUUAGAUUAUCAGUAAAACAGCAUCAAUGGUAAAGUUGUCUCCAUAUGACCUAUAGGUCAUGAUUCGAGCCAUUGAUACUUGCGCUUCCCGGACCCUGCUUGAACGCGGGUGCUUCGUAUACCAUGUUGCCUUUCUUUUUACUUUUAGACUAUUACUCACUUAUGUGGAAUAUCUUUGGUGUGUAUUGAUGAGCUGAGGACUGAACGAGGCAACCUAUUCAUCCUGUCCAUAUGGACCCUUGGACUAGACUUCUCGUAAGCUGUACAUAAUUUAUGGGCUAAGCCUCCCAUUUUGGUUCCAGCUUGAGUUUUAUUUGCCUCAUUUAUCCUUUUAUUGGAGCUAUGCUUGUC